UUCGGACCUUCUAGGGAAUUUUAUGUUUUGAAAUUUGGUAAAUUGGAAAAAGUUCUACCAACAUCUCUCCUGUUUGUGAAACUUGUCAAAAAGUACACAAAAAUGGCCAAGCGCACGAAGAAGGUCGGAAUCGUAGGAAAAUAUGGAACCCGCUAUGGUGCUUCCUUGCGUAAAAUGGUCAAGAAAAUGGAAAUCACCCAGCACAGCAAAUAUUCAUGCAGUUUCUGUGGAAAGGAUGCUAUGAAGAGGAGUUGUGUAGGAAUUUGGUCAUGCAAAAGAUGUAAACGUGUUGUAGCUGGAGGCGCGUGGGUUUAUUCUACAACGGCCGCAUCGUCUCUACGAUCAGCUGUCAGACGUCUCAGAGAAGUUAAAGAACAGUAAUUUUUUUAAUUAAUAAAAUAAUUAUUUCCAUU